AUGAAAUCGGUAAGAUUUUGGUCUACCUCUUUCCAUGGCCUUCUACUACGUCUUGGUAACAACUUUGACCAUGAAAUUUCGAUGGCAAGGUUACUCGGUUUUACAUUGUUCGAAUAGGAGCAAUUAUAAUAUAUUUAGGCUGAGGAUUUCGUUGGUGGAAGAAGAUCUGUCUUCCUUAUGGAUGGAGCUCAGGCCAUGGCCCAGUUUUCUGUCCGCAUAGAGUCCCAACCUCAUCCCGAUGAUGCCACGCAGUUCUAUUCCAGGAAGGAUCUUCUCGACAUUCUUUCUUCCAUGUCUGCUGUUGAACUUGCUCGGAAGAUGGAAAAUAUAUCUGAAUUGCGUAACGCUGAAGAUGAUUAG